CUGUACUGUAGUGGGACUGGGCAUUCCUUCUGGAAGCUUCUGAAUGGGGGCUUCGAGAAAGCUGCCCCUUGUAUAAAAAGAAUGGAGUAGGCCCAGGGGUCCUCAGAUACAGAAAGUGAGAAGACAUUCACUUGAAGCCAUAGAGGAUUAGGAGCAGUGAAAUACAGAGAUUUAAAGACUACAUUAAUCUGCAGAGGAACAGAAGAGACGCUCAGAGAUUCAAUCUACAGCGAUCAGCAAACGAGAAGUGAAGCACUGGAGCUCAUUCUUAUCUAUUCAAGAUGCCAGAGAAAACCGGCCACACCAUGGAGGAGGAAGUGGAGACCUUUGCCUUCCAGGCUGAGAUCGCCCAGCUGAUGUCUCUGAUCAUCAACACCUUCUAUUCCAACAAAGAGAUAUUCCUUAGGGAGCUCAUCUCCAACUCUUCAGAUGCCUUGGACAAGAUCAGAUACGAGAGCUUGACAGACCCCACCAAAUUGGAUUCCUGCAAAGAGCUGAAGAUCGAGGUCACCCCUGACCUGCGCACUCGUACCCUGACUCUGGUUGACACCGGCAUCGGCAUGACCAAGGCCGACCUGAUCAACAACCUGGGAACCAUCGCUAAGUCUGGCACCAAGGCCUUCAUGGAGGCCCUGCAGGCUGGAGCYGAYAUCUCYAUGAUCGGGCAGUUCGGUGUGGGUUUCUACUCYGCCUACCUGGUGGCUGAGAGGGUGACCGUCAUCACCAAGCACAACGAUGAUGAGCAGUACAUCUGGGAGUCUGCAGCUGGUGGCUCUUUCACUGUCAAAGUUGACACUGGUGAGUCCAUUGGCCGUGGCACCAGAGUGAUCCUGCACAUGAAGGAGGACCAGUUUGAAUACUGUGAGGAGAAGCGCGUCAAGGAGGUUGUGAAGAAGCACUCCCAGUUCAUUGGCUAUCCCAUCACACUCUUUGUGGAGAAGUCUAGAGAGAAGGAGGUAGACCUUGAGGAGGGAGAAAAGGAUGAAGAGGCUGAUAAAGAUUCUGCAGCUGAGGACCAAGACAAGCCCAAGAUCGAAGAUGUCGGUUCUGAUGAGGAUGAGGACACCAAGGACUCCAAGAACAAGAGGAAGAAGAAGGUCAAGGAGAAGUACAUUGACGCAGAAGAGCUGAACAAGACCAAGCCUAUCUGGACCCGUAACCCUGAUGACAUCACCAAUGAGGAGUACGGAGAGUUCUACAAGAGUCUGACCAACGACUGGGAGGACCACCUGGCUAUCAAGCACUUCUCAGUGGAGGGCCAGCUGGAGUUCCGCGCUCUGCUUUUUGUGCCCAGGAGGGCUUCCUUCGACCUCUUCGAGAACAAGAAGAAGAAGAACAACAUCAAGCUGUACGUGCGCAGGGUGUUCAUCAUGGACAACUGUGACGAGCUGAUGCCAGAGUAUCUCAACUUCAUCAAGGGUGUGGUGGACUCUGAGGAUCUCCCCCUGAACAUCUCCAGAGAGAUGCUGCAGCAGAGCAAGAUCCUCAAGGUGAUCCGCAAGAACCUGGUCAAGAAGUGUAUGGAUCUUUUCGUCGAGCUCUCAGAAGACAAGGACAACUACAAGAAGUUCUAUGAGCAGUUCUCCAAGAACAUCAAGCUGGGAAUCCAUGAAGACGCUCAGAACCGCAAGAAGCUGUCAGACAUGCUGCGCUACUACACCUCCAACUCCGGUGACGAAAUGGUCUCCCUGAAGGAGUAUGUUUCUCGCAUGAAGGACACCCAGAAACACAUCUACUACAUAACUGGUGAGACCAAGGAACAGGUUGCCAACUCUUCCUUUGUGGAGCGCCUCCGCAAGGCCGGCUUGGAAGUCAUCUACAUGAUUGAACCCAUUGAUGAGUACUGUGUCCAGCAGCUGAAGGAGUAUGAUGGCAAGAACCUGGUCUCCGUGACCAAGGAGGGUCUGGAGCUGCCUGAGGAUGAGGAUGAGAAGAAGAAGCAGGAGGAGCUGAACACUAAAUUCGAGAACCUCUGCAAGGCCAUGAAGGACAUCCUGGACAAGAAGAUUGAGAAGGUUUCAGUUUCCAACCGCCUGGUCUCCUCCCCCUGCUGCAUCGUCACCAGUACAUACGGCUGGACGGCCAACAUGGAGAGAAUCAUGAAAUCUCAAGCUCUCAGAGACAACUCCACCAUGGGCUACAUGACAGCCAAGAAGCACCUGGAGAUCAACCCAACCCACCCUAUCGUCGAGACUUUGAGAGAGAAAGCUGAGGCUGACAAGAACGACAAAGCCGUAAAGGACUUGGUCAUCUUGCUGUUCGAGACUGCUCUAUUGUCAUCUGGGUUCACGCUGGACGACCCUCAGACCCACGCAAACCGCAUUUACAGGAUGAUUAAGCUUGGCCUGGGCAUCGAUGGUGAUGACUCUGCAGUGGAGGAAAUCCUCCAGCCCAGUGAGGAUGACAUGCCUGUCUUGGAGGGAGAUGAUGACACAUCAAGAAUGGAGGAAGUUGACUAAAGAUAUAUCAGAAGUACAUCAUUUUUUCCCUUUUUAACAUGACAUUUUUUAAGUUAUUUCAUUGUGUCCCAAAUAUACUUUACAUUUUACAUGACUGUUGAGUCGUGGGGAAAGUAUUGUAAUUAAUUCAUCAUCAUUAAUGAAUACCAUAAUUAUAUAGUAUAUCUGCUGCUUUCAACCUUAUUCAACUGUAAAAGUCAACAGGGAUUUGACUUGUGUCUUUUUCUAUUUCUGUAAGCUAUUUUCUAUGAAAAACGACAAGGUUUAUAAUAAAAAAAUAUUUUGAAACAUA